UUGAUCUCUUGCCCUCAUCUCGGUCGCAGACCGUCAUCGCUGAACCCCUGCAGCGUCAUCACAGGCCAUCUACCCCGACGUGUCCUCUACCAUGAGCGCGACUCAGAGGCAACAACCCCUCUACAGCCUCAACCCUUCGGGGGGAAGCAACAAUGGUAGUCACUCGGGCUCCCUCGUUGCACCCCCGUCUCCAGAUGUGCGCGAAGGGUCAUUAGCCAGUGGAAGUCGCAGCCAAUUGGGUGAGGCGAGCAGUACGUUUAGCAGAAGUGGAAGUGUGUCCACCACGGGAGGUCUGCCGCAGAGGAGGGAGACGGGAGGUUCGAUGAGUGGACAGAGGAACACGAACAGGUAUAGCGUGACCGCACUGUACUCCAUGGUAGCCGAGCAAGAUGUGGACGUAGAGGACGAUUUAGCCAGAGCGCAAAAGCGGUUGCGAGAGCUCAAGGGAAGGAUAUCGGCCCAGUCAAAGAAGAACUUUGUCUUGGAGAGGGACGUGAGAUAUCUCGACAGUCGGAUCGCGUUGCUCAUUGCCAACCGCAUGGCUUUGGAUGAGCAGAGCGAAGUAGCCAGCACUCUCGAAGAGGCCGAACAGCCGCCAGGAACAGUGUUGGACGAUCGCAAGACGCAGCAGUACGGCAAUCUUUUCUUCCUGCUUCAGACAGAACCCCGUCACAUUGCCGCCCUCUGUCGUCUUGUCAGCCUGUCAGAAAUUGACACGCUACUGCAAACGGUCAUGUUUACGCUGUACGGAAACCAAUAUGAGAGUCGAGAAGAGCAUCUGCUCCUCACAAUGUUCCAGUCUGUCCUCUCGGCGCAAUUCGAGACUGCGACCGACUUUGGUUCUUUGCUAAGAGCCAACACUCCCGUUUCUCGAAUGAUGACCACCUAUACCCGGAGAGGUCCCGGACAGAGCUAUCUCAAGACGGUCCUCGCCGAACGCAUCAACUCCCUGAUCGAGCACAAGGAUCUUAACCUGGAGGUCAAUCCCCUCAAGGUGUAUGAGCAGAUGAUCAGCCAAAUCGAAGAAGACACUGGGACCUUGCCCGCCGAUUUGCCUCGCAGUGUCACGCCUGAAGUUGCGCAAGAGAAUGCAGAUGUGCAAGCCAUCAUUGCGCCUCGUCUGACAAUGCUGAUGGAGAUCGCCAACAGCUUUCUCUCGACGAUCAUCAACUCACUCGAUGAGGUUCCUUAUGGUAUCAGAUGGAUCUGCAAGCAGAUUCGUUCUUUGACGAAGCGCAAGUACCCUGACGCUACCGACUUUGCUAUCUGCUCCCUCAUUGGUGGCUUCUUCUUCUUGCGGUUCAUCAACCCGGCCAUCGUUACCCCUCAAGCAUAUAUGCUCGUUGACGGACCACCGGCCAAGCAUCCCCGGAGGACGUUGACGUUGAUCGCCAAGCUGCUGCAGAACCUGGCCAAUAAGCCAAGCUACGCCAAGGAGCAAUACAUGAUGUCACUCAACCCCUUUGUGGAGCAGAACAAGACUCGCAUCAACCAGUUCCUACACUCCCUCGCCGACGUCGGGGACUUCUACGAUACCCUGGAGAUGGACCAGUACAUGGCCCUCUCUAAGAAGGACUUGCAGAUCCAGAUCACACUCAAUGAGCUGUACAAUACCCACUCGCUCGUGGCUCAACACCUCGAUGUCCUAGCGCCAAACGAGAAACAUCAUCUGAGGAUCUUGGUCGGUGAGCUGGCCGGCUCUCCGAGCCAGGUCGCUCGUAAAGAGAACCGCACUGUUGAGCUGCCACUGUUCAGUCGCUGGGAAACACCGAUCUCUGACCUCACAUCGGCUUUCAUUGGCGACAACAAUGUCACUCAGAACGAUCUGCUCUACAUGGAGGCCAAGUCGAUCUUUGUCUCCCUCAUCCGAUCGAUCCCUCAAUUGGCGGACAAGAAGCCACUCAACCUACCGGCCAUUGCGGAGCGCGCUGCUACGACCAAGGAUGCUACAUUGGUGAGAAAGGGCAUCAAAGUCAAGGAGAUGCUGAGGGAGCUAGAGGAAAUGAAGGUCGUGGACAGGCGCGAUGGGUACGCACUGAUGACCGACGAAGUGGCGAGUGAAAUGGCCCACCUGGGUAAUAUGAGGGACAAGAUCAUGCAGGAGAUGCGGUCACUGGAAAGCGUCUACAAGACGAUCGUGGGCCACAACAACUACCUCCGCUCACAGCUGGAUACGUACAAGUCUUACCUCCAGAAUGUGAGGAUGACCUCUGGUUCUGGCAAGGACAAGGCUGCAGGAGGCGUGGGCGUGGUUGCCUUUGGCGGCAAAGAGAAGAAACAGGGCAAGUCGCAAGUACUCGGUCCGUACCGCUUCAGCCACGCCCAGAUGGAGAAGGAUGGCAUCAUAGUCGAAUCGACGGUUCCAGAGAACCGGCAGUCGAACAUCUACUUUAUCAUCACUUCUCCUUCACCCGGGACUUUCCUCAUUGCUCUCCACUACAAGGGCAGGGACAAGGCCAUCCUGGAGAUGGACUUGAAGCUGGACGAUUUGCUCGAGAAGCAAAAGGAUGAUGUGCAGACUCUUGACCUAGAGUACGUGCAGCUCAACGUCAACAAGAUCCUCGGACUGCUGAACAAGACCUUUGCGAAACGGAAGGCCUGAGGUUACCAGGCAAGGUGGAGCCAGCAAACAGGGUGACUGGUUCUUCAGCAAGCGUCAUCGUCAGGAGAGGAAGCGGCGCUCCUCCCGAUCGCGAAUUUUUCGAAAGAAC